ACGUAACGGCCGCCAUUGUUCCGCGCCGAUGGCGCGAGCCUUGUUCCGCAGAUAGCGUUCGUCGCCCGUCGUGGUCAACUGGCCAGCCGAGUCUGGAGUGGUUGCGAACCCUUCUGGCUGCAGAUCUGGAGGUGGAGGCAGUACCUCGGACUCUAUCCUGCUGCCCCUUCAGGGUUUGGAGGAGCCGGAGGCGCGGAAUUCCUCCGGUUUCAAGGCGGCGGGACGGGAUAGAACUAAUCUGCCUUAACUCUCUCCUGCUGCAGACCCGGGGCGGUUGCCUGACCCUAACCUGUGUGUUGCAUCCCUCGCGUCCUGUCACCUCCAGCGAGGCACACAAAACUGACCGUAGGGAUGGCCACCAGGGUCCGGACAGCUUCUAUUUGGGUCCCACCUCUCCAAGAACGAAACAGUUCAUGGGAUGGGAUCAGAAAGCUCCAAGGUCAGGAAUCCAUCUUGGGCCAAGGGACUCCUGGUCUGCAACCUCUCCCUGGAGCACCCAGGCAGAAGCAGAAGAGUCGCAGAACAGAGAAAGUCCUAGAGUGGCUAUUUGUUUCCCAAGAGCAGCCAAAAAUCACCAAGUCCUGGGGACCUUUGUCAUUCAUGGAUGUGUUUGUGGAUUUUACCUGGGAGGAGUGGCAGCUGCUAGACCCAGCACAGAAGUGCCUGUACAGGAGUGUGAUGUUGGAGAACUAUAGCAACCUGGUGUCCCUAGGGUAUCAACACACCAAACCUGAUAUCAUCUUCAAGCUGGAACAAGGAGAAGAGCUGUGUAUGGUGCAGGCCCAAGUUCCAAAUCAGUCCUGUCCAAACACAGUCUGGAAAAUUGAUGAUCUUAUGGAUUGGCAUCAGGAAAAUAAAGCCAAGCUGGGAAGUACGGCAAAAAGCUUUGAAUGCACUACAUUUGGAAAACUAUGUCGUCUUAGUACAAAGUAUCUUUCAAGACAAAAACCUCAUAAAUGUGGCACGCAUGGAAAGAGUUUGAAAUAUAUAGAUUUCACUAGUAAUUAUGCUAGAAAGAAUCCUAAUGGGUUUCAGGUACGUGGAAAAUCAUUCUUCCAUUCUAAACAUGAGCAAACUGUUAUUGGAAUAAAAUACUGUGAAAGUAAUGAAUCUGGAAAAACUGUCAAUAAGAAAUCGCAACUUAUGUGCCAACAAAUGUAUAUGGGCAAAAAACCCUUUGGAUGCAGCUAUUGUGAGAAAGCCUUCAGCAGCAAGUCAUACCUUGUAGUGCAUCAGCAAACUCAUGCCGAAGAGAAACCCUACGGGUGUAAUGAAUGUGGGAAAGACUUCAGUAGUAAAUCAUACCUCAUUGUACAUCAGAGAAUUCAUACAGGAGAGAAACUACAUGAAUGCAGUGAAUGCAGGAAAACAUUCAGUUUCCAUUCACAGCUUGUUAUACAUCAGAGAAUUCACACAGGUGAGAAUCCCUAUGAGUGCUGUGAAUGUGGGAAAGUCUUCAGUAGGAAAGACCAGCUUGUUUCACACCAGAAAACUCAUUCAGGACAGAAACCAUAUGUGUGUAAUGAAUGUGGGAAAGCUUUUGGUUUAAAAUCACAGCUCAUUAUACAUGAAAGAAUUCAUACAGGAGAGAGACCAUAUGAAUGCAAUGAAUGUCAGAAAGCCUUUAAUACAAAGUCAAACCUUAUGGUACAUCAGAGAACCCAUACAGGGGAGAAACCUUAUAUUUGUAGUGAUUGUGGAAAAGCCUUUACAUUCAAGUCACAGCUCAUUGUACAUCAGGGGAUUCACACAGGAGUAAAGCCCUAUGGGUGUAUUCAGUGUGGUAAAGGAUUCAGUUUGAAGUCACAGCUCAUUGUACAUCAGAGAAGUCACACAGGAAUGAAACCUUACGUAUGCAGUGAAUGUGGCAAAGCCUUCAGGAGCAAGUCAUACCUUAUUAUACAUACAAGGACUCAUACAGGAGAAAAACUCCAUGAAUGCAACGAUUGUGGGAAAGCCUUCAGUUUUAAAUCACAGCUCAUUAUACAUCAGAGGAUUCAUACAGGAGAGAACCCCUAUGAAUGCCAUGAAUGUGGGAAAGCCUUCAGUCGGAAAUACCAGCUUAUGUCACACCAGAGGACUCACGCAGGAGAGAAGCCUUAUGAAUGCACCAACUGUGGAAAAGCUUUUGGUUUAAAGUCACAGCUUAUUAUACACCAGAGAACUCAUACAGGGGAGAAACCAUUUGAAUGUAGUGAGUGUCAGAAAGCCUUUAAUACAAAGUCAAACCUGAUUGUACAUCAGAGAACUCAUACAGGAGAGAAACCCUAUAGUUGUAAUGAAUGUGGAAAAGCCUUUACGUUCAAAUCACAGCUCAUUGUACAUCAAGGAGUGCACACUGGAGUAAAACCCUAUGGAUGCAGUCAAUGUGAAAAAACCUUUAGUUUGAAGUCCCAGCUCAUUGUACAUCAGAGAAGUCACACAGGAGUAAAACCAUAUGGAUGCAGUGAGUGUGGGAAAGCCUUCAGGAGCAAGUCAUACCUUAUUAUACAUAUGAGAACUCAUACAGGAGAGAAACCACAUGAGUGCAGGGAAUGCGGGAAAUCCUUUAGUUUCAAUUCACAGCUCAUUGUGCAUCAGAGAAUUCACACAGGAGAAAAUCCCUAUGAAUGCAGCGAAUGUGGGAAAGCCUUUAAUAGGAAAGACCAGCUCAUUUCACAUCAGCGAACUCAUGCGGGGGAAAAGCCUUAUGGGUGCAGUGAAUGUGGGAAAGCUUUUAGCAGCAAGUCAUACCUAAUUAUACACAUGAGAACUCAUUCAGGUGAGAAACCAUAUGAAUGUAAUGAAUGUGGGAAAGCCUUCAUUUGGAAAUCACUACUCAUUGUACAUGAGCGAACUCAUGCAGGGGUCAACCCUUAUAAGUGCAGUCAAUGUGAGAAAACCUUCAGUGGGAAAUUACGCCUUCUCGUACACCAGAGAAUGCACACAAGAGAGAAACCAUAUGAAUGCAAUGAGUGUGGAAAAGCCUUCAUUAGGAAUUCUCAACUCAUUGUACAUCAAAGAACUCAUUCAGGAGAGAAACCCUAUGGGUGCAAUGAAUGUGGGAAAACCUUCUCUCAAAAAUCAAUUCUCAGUGCACAUCAGAGAACACAUACAGGAGAGAAGCCUUGUAAGUGCACUGAAUGUGGGAAAGCCUUUUGUUGGAAGUCACAGCUCAUUAUGCAUCAGAGAACUCAUGUAGAUGACAAACAUUGAUAAUUUUAUGAAACUCUGAAAAGUGGAUUCACAAGAGAUAGAAACAGAAUCAUAUAAAGAGAAACUCUGUAAGUGGAAUCAUCUUGUCAUCUUCCAGAAGACUCAUACUGAAUAGAAACUAUGAAUACACAGCAUAUGGAAAGGCAUCCACAGAAAGCUGUUCUUUACAUGCGAAAAGAUAGUAGACAAUACACAGGAAAACUGAAUUUAGUAACCACUCUGAAAAUUUUCAGCAGCGUCAUACCUUUUUUAAAAAAGUUAAUACAGGUGAGGAAUCAUGUUAAACGUAAAGUCAUUUUACUAAUGUAAGAUUCACAAAGAGGAAACUUCAUGAACCAGAUGAAUAUAGAAUAGACUUCUUUGAAAUUCAUAGUUUACAGAAUUUUAAUGAGAGAAAUUAUUGAGCUAAUGAAUGGCAGAAUUAACAAAAUUACAAACAUUUUAUGUAUCGGAAGCAUAUACCUUGGAGGAACAAUGCUAUAAGGGAAAGUUUAAAUCUAGAAAUGAGAAAUCUGUAGGGAAAAAAUAUAAAUCUAGAAAUGAGAAACCCCUAGGAAAAAAUACGAACAUCUAUGAAUGUACCAGAUAAGCCACAGCUGGACUGUUAACCUCACGUUAGAAGCUUCAUUCUAAAGAAAAAAAAACAAAAACCAACCUAUUAUUAAAUCUGAAUUAAUAUUAAUUUUGAAGAAUUAUUUCCUUUAGGAAUCAUUUUAAGAGAAAUUUUAUUCCAGGUGUUCCAAAAUUUCAGGAAAAGAUUUGAGAAAAUUCUCAAUUAUAAAUAAUAAGAUACAGAUUAUUUCAGUGUACAAGAGAAUCUAGUAAGGAGGUUAAGAAUAAGAAAUAACAUCCCAGAGCCUACAGGGAUAUUUAGAUAUCUUCCUAUGUGUACUACAUAAUAUGAAUUUUGCAGUUUGGCAUUUUACUUGUGAACGCCAUAUGUGAAACAAAAGUAAAUAUCAUCUUCCAGAGGUUUCUACUCUGCAUACCAACAUUGUUUCUUUGUGUCUUACCAAAUGCAACUUGUUACUAGAAUAUGACAUUAAAAAUGCAUUUCCACACUGCAAACAUUUUCUAGGGCUAUCUUUUGCCCUUUGGAAGCAGUCUUGGCAGCAACCUCUUUAGUUAUAGUAAUCAAUAUAAGGCACACUUCAUGUGUUUGUGUAGCCUGGAAUCUAGUCUACCUUCACAGGUUAGAACAUCUUGAUUUCCUCUUAGAGAAACAUUCCCUCACGGUGUAUGUAGUCACGAUGGAACCACCAUUCAAGAUGCCCUGCCCAGGACUUGGUAUGAGCACUAUGGUCAGCUGAGGCUCAGAACUUUACAUUGUUAAUGGGUUUUUCAAGUUCAGAAAAGCAACGUGAGCUUUUGUUCUAUGGUAGCAUCUUGAUAUAAUAAGUAGCUAUUUCAAUGGAGGUUCCCAGAACAGCUUUUGUUACUGUCAUUUUCUUAACUUUGUUCACUUGUCUUUUAUUUUGAGCUAUUGGGUGUGCUUUUAAUACAUUCCUUGUUUGAUUGCAUUAGCCAUUGUGUAUCUAUUGCAUACAGGUUACUAAAUCAGAUGGCUUCAGAAAUGGGUGGUAGAGGAGUAGGCAGAAACUUGCAAGCAUAUGUGGAUAUUUGGAAAUGGUUGUUUCCCAAGACAGGAUGGAAGUCUUUCAAGUCUCCAUUUAUAUUCCACGGCAGAAACUUGGCCCAUGCUAUGAAGUCAUGAAAUGAAUUGUUGGCAUCAUGUGCCCACUGAGGCUCCGGGGAAAUGGAUAAGUUGUCAUUGAAAAAUUUUAGACAGAAUUCUGGAGUGUGGUCAAGAGGAGACUGCUUUUGAUACCCAUGUAUAACAUGGAGAAUAAUGAUCUUAAAACUUCAAUUUAAGAUUAUGUGUCAUCAGUGAUAAUACUUAGUUACAUGUAGCUAUAGAGUCAGAGUGGUGAAAAAUUCUGCCAGUUGCUUACUCACAAAAUUAGUUUUCUUCACUACCUCAUCAGGUUUGUUACGUGAGUGGGCAUUAAUCUGGGAAGAGUGGGACCCUGGCAGUCAGAUUAGGGCUAUCUUGGAGGAAUAUGAGGAUUCAACACUGCAGAUAUUUCUGAAACACCUUCCACUUUGUACUCUAUUAGAUACCCAAAGAAAUUUUCAUCCUUGAAGUGGACGAAUUUAAUGAUUUCUGAACGCCUAACUCUUGUGUUCUGCUUAUACAGAAUCCAGUCUCAAGAUACUUGGGGUGAAGAAUGAUGAUUCACAGAAGGGAAGAGAAAUCUUACAUAAACAAAUAAUUGCAGAUAUUUGCUAAAGUGUAUCCCCCAAUCUGGGAAAUACUGCAAAGGUGUAUAUUAUUAUUGAUGUACCAAAGAAGACAGAAUAAAUUCAUAAGAGAAA